AUGCCUCCUCCGCCGCCGCCUCCCCCUCCUCCACCUCCUCCGAGCAUGGGAGGUCCUCCUCCUCCCCCUCCACCGCCGCCUGGAGGGAGUAUACCUGCUAGACCAGCUAAAGGUGCUGGUGGUACGGACAGGAGCGCUCUUUUCGCAGAUAUCAAUAAAGGUGCUCCAAAGUUAAGAAAAGCAGUCACCAAUGAUCGAUCUGCUCCUAUUGUUGGGAAAGAGGCCAAAUCCAGUGGUCCAGCGAUUGGAGGAGCUCCCCCAGUACCAGGCAUGCCCAAGGCACCCGGUGGAUUAGCACCUCCUAUUCCUUCGGCGAAUAGACUACGAAGCAGCAGCGACGCAGGACCUACAAGAGAUGAUAGUGGAAGCUCAGGUGCGACCAGUGGUCCGCCUCAAUUGGCUGGUUUAUUCGCAGGGGGUAUGCCUAAGUUACGCAGUCGAGGAGGCGUCGAUACUGGUGCGAAUAGAGAUUCUUCAUACUUGUCGGAUUCAGAAUCAAGUCGUCCACGAGCGACGGCACCAAAACCACCAGUGGGUGGAGCGCCGAGACCACCGGGAGCUCGACCACCUCCAGUACCUCCCUCAGCACCAGAGUCUCCUGCGCCCAAUCCAUUAGUCGCUAAUUUGCGAAGACCACCACCAAGGCCUGCGUCACGGCCUUCGUCUACCUUGGAAAUACCGCCGCGUGCUCCUCCACCUCUUCCAGGCUCAGGAAGGACUCCUCCACCACCUCCCCCAUUGGCAUCUCGAAAGCCGUCUGGUACGGCACCGUCAGCUCCACCACCGCCUCCUCCUCCUGCAUCAGCGAACCCAGCACCACCCAGUGCACCACCUCCACCACCAUCUAUAUCUGCUCCUAAACUUCCAGUCUCUGCACCCCCACCACCACCAUCUUCAGCUCCACCUCUACCCAAUGGAGCUGCUGCUGCAGGCGCAUCAAUUGCAAUGCAAGCCGCUCGAAAUGCUUUUGGAAAUUCCCAUAACCCUCCAGCUCCUCCAGCGCCACCUCCACCUCCACCUCCAGGCUCGGCGCCCUCACUACCACUCGCUAGUCCACCCCCACCACCUGCUACAUCACCGCCCGCAUUAGCUCCUCCAGGACGUCCGUCUGCAUCUUCUACUCCCGUAUCGUCACGUCCUACCUCAUACGAUGACCAUUCCCUUCGAAACCAAGGGCGGUCAGCGCUAGACCCAAGCGCUUAUACUUUGAGCAACGGAACAUCGACCCCGGUUUCGCAUCCGUCGUCACCAGGACCGACUCGAAGCGCGGUACAAGAUAACCGCUUCAAGUUCCAGGAUGAAAGUUUACUUCCUAAACCUCGACCUUUUAGUGGUGGAGUGCGGAGAUAUCGUGCUGGCAGAGGAAGUAGUGUUCCACUUGAUCUUAGCUCGAUAGGAUAGAUGACGCGUUGUUUACUGUUGAUUAUAAAAGCUUCGACUUAUCAGCAUUACUAUUCCUACUAUCGUAUUUCUAUCUACUGUGAGGAUCAAAUGGCGUGUUAACGUAGGGCGUAUUUGAUUGAAAGCUCCUUUAGAAUUCCAAAGUGAUCACAUCGAUCAUUUCUAGUGCAUGUCA